UCUUGUCCGAUUCUCAUUAGGGCUAGAGUCGCUCUCGCUCGAACCGCCGGUUGGUGAAGCAUUUUGGCUUUUGGUGUCCUGCAGUUUCCCCGAGAUUCAGAGGUGUAUUGAAGUGAAUGGUUUUAACCGAAGAGGAACAUUAUUUGUGCCAGAAGACUUCAAAUACUUCGCUUCAUGUGACCGCAUAUAUUGACAAUGAAGCCAUCAACGAAAGAAGUGGAGGUUGUUGGAAGACGUCGUUACCAGUGGCGACAGGCUGAACUUCUCACGUUGUGGCCCGCUACGCCAAGGCCUCAUGAAGCGUUGCCCUUCGCCAUGGAUCUUCUUCGAUUCCUCUCAAUGACAGCACCGCUAUUUAUGGGUGAAUGCAUUGUCCUCAACUCCGCCACAUAUCAUGUUUCGGUGCCAUCUAAAGCCGUCUGUAGAUGCCAACGUUUCGGAGAAUAUACUGUCUUCAUCUUCAGAGCCGAAAUGGCGUUGCUGCAGUAUUGCGGAGACAACUCCAGGUCCCACCUCUUCAUUCCCAACGAUAUAUCACUGUUCAGCGCGUCACAGAGGACCGUAGGACCGGGGUCAACUUCGGCAUGGCGUCCAAGAUUUGAGUGAAGGUGGUAAAGUUUAGCCAGUGUCUGAGCCCUACCACAUGAAAGUUUACAAAUCGUGUCCAAUACUUGAGAUAUAUUCAUUGGUUAGAGUACUGAUCUGGUAGUGCAUUCAGAUGGUCACUGGUUCGGUCCGAAGCUUUGAUAUUUAUCUGCUAGACCGCACGGCAUCAUAAGUUGUCUUCAGUUUUACCGAUAAUGACGUUUCUUAAAAAUUAUGUCUACUGUUUGAGCCCUCGAAUUUUAUAUUUUAAUUACGAAACAUUUAAUACUGGGUGACUCCAAGUAUGAUUCACGGCUUACGAAGUGGCUUGUCUACGAGUUCUCUUUUUUAUAUACUGCUAAACAUCAUGCCACCUUUGCUACACAAUUUUCACCGGCGGCUGAGGUUUGCGAUAGCCCAUAAUAACCCUGUAUUCUAUCUUUGACUAGGCUCUUGGCUGGUUUUAGCGUAAAAAAUAAUUUCUUAAAUUAA